CAUCGAAACUCCAUCAGAUAUUUGUCUAACUUGGGCCCUCUCAACUGAAGCUCGAUAUCAUCCUAAAAAGUUAGGAGAAAUUACUACCAUAAUAUAAUUCCACCAUUAUGCUAUUGCAGUUGUACCAGGGUGUUCCUAAGCAAUGUUCGCCUUAUUGCCUGGCAAUGCAUAGUUCUAUAUAUGUAUAAUAUUGGAAUAGGAGUUUUAGGUUUGAUUUAUCGAAACUACGCAGGCAUACUAUAUAAUACGCCAAAUUGUAGCAUCUUCAGUCACGCUUCCCAAUGCCAUUUUUUGUGCCGAAAACUUCUCUGCGAUUUCUCAUAACGGGCGAAAAAUAAAUACAACCAUGGAAGAAGAUCGCAUGCUCACAAAUAUCGGCCUGGAUAUUCCGGAGACACUUGACCCUGAAGCAAAAAUCUCGCAAAAAGUGCCCAAACGAAGAUUUGUAGGCAAACGUGUGGCGGAAAAGACUGCAUUAACAAAUUCACUAAGCGGUGACAUAAGCGAAAGCACCGCAGUCCAAGGCGUGAUGUGACCAUGAAUCUUGGAUAGGCUAAUCUACUGACAAGCAAACAGCGAGACCUCUGACAAGACGUGCACGCGCACUCAAUACCAUCCCUCCUGAGAUUCUUAACGAUGAUGACCUCAACGCAGCCAUUGCUCUCCUCCCGUCAAACUAUGCCUUCGAGAUUCACAAGACAAUACACCGGAUACGAAGCUCCGGGUCCAAGAAGAUAGCGCUACAAUUCCCUGAAGGCCUGUUGAUGUUCGCGACCACGAUAUCGGAUAUCAUCACUCGAUUCUGCCCAGACACUUCAACACUGAUAAUGGGUGACGUCACAUAUGGUGCAUGCUGUAUUGAUGACUAUACUGCGAGAGCUCUUGGAUGUGAUCUCCUCGUUCACUACGCUCAUUCAUGUCUGAUUCCAGUGAGCGUGACACAGAUUAAAACGCUUUAUGUGUUUGUGGAUAUCUCGAUUGACGUCCAGCAUGUCCUUGAUACCGUACGACGAAACUUCCAGAUUUCCAAUACAAUUGCUUUAGUCGGCACUAUUCAAUUCAAUUCUUCCAUUCACCAAAUCGCGUCGGUGCUCCGUGAAGAGGGAUGGAAUAUUAUCGUCCCACAGAUAGCGCCACUCAGCAAAGGAGAAAUUCUUGGUUGCACCUCACCCCAGCUAUCCGUGGACUCUGCUGUACAGAACACUGCUCACAUGGUUUUAUAUCUGGGGGACGGUCGUUUUCAUCUUGAGUCAGUCAUGAUACAAAAUCCUUUACUUCCGGCUUAUCGCUACGACCCGUACUCGCGCCGCUUGACCCGUGAAUCAUAUGACCACGACGAGCUUUAUAUGCUUCGUCGAUCGGCUAUUACUGCUGCUCGCAAGGCCCGCAAAUGGGGCCUUAUACUGGGCACACUCGGCAGGCAAGGCAAUGCUAAUACGCUAUCAAUGAUUGAAUCCAUACUAGAACAACACAACAUCGAGAUAGUUCGUUUGGCUCUUUCAGAAAUAUUUCCGGGGAAGCUGGCGAUGAUGGCUGACGUCGAAUGCUGGGUACAAAUUGCAUGUCCACGGCUAAGCAUUGAUUGGGGCUAUGCUUUCCCACGUCCGCUGUUGAGUCCAUACGAAGCUCUUGUGGCAAUGGGCGUCAGGAAGGCUGGAUGGAUGGAAGAUGAAUCUGCAAAUAAGGUGUAUCCUAUGGAUUUUUACUCGGAGCGAGGACUAGGAAGAAUAAGGGCCGGUGAUCUAAAUUCAUUGAAAUCAUAGAGUCGAGAUGGUUUAAAAUUGCCUUCUUUGCAAGAUUUUCCCAAAGCCAUUCAACUACUUUGCCUUUUCAGCUGAGCGCAGAUUGUCC